UUUUGACAUCGGCGAGUUGCAACAAUUGCCCUAAGAAACCAGUUGCUUUAAAGUUCUUUUUUUUUAUUCAAAUUGUAUAUUUUUCUUAGAGAAUUAGCUGCUCGGGAAUUUCAACUGAGGAUUACUUUUUCUGAAUUUGUACCAUCAAGUGAUAAAUUUUCUGCUCAAGCUAUUUUAAUUUUCCGGGGAUAUAAAAAAAAGUGAGAGCAAAGAAAAAAAGUAAAAAGAAGAAGAAAUUUCAAAUCAUAUUUUUGUGAGUGAAGCGCUAUUUUUUGCAAUUAAAAUCGCCUCUGUUUUUCUUAGUGUAAAAGGAUUAAAAAGAAAUAAAAUUUCGAGCAAACGAGCCAAUCAACAACUUUGUGAAAAUUAAAACAAUUUUUUAUUCGCACAUACCCUCAUUAAAAAAAAUAUUUAAUUCUCAACGUACCGAAAAGAAAAGAAGUAAUUUGAGGAGAAUAAAGAAGAAGUAAAAAAAAUUUUAUAUUUUUUUUUGUGGGCGUCAAGUGGAUGAAAAAUCAAGAAAUAAAAUUCCUAAACAAAAAUUAAGGAGAGAUAUCCGUCGAAACAACAAGAAAUCACGAUUACUAAACCGAUCUUGACAUAAAGUACAUCGAGAGAUCAACGACCCCAGCUGUGCCGUAGGGGACAGGCAGCUGGUGAGAUCAUGUUAGGAAUCAUUAAUCAUUAAUAAUAAUACAACAGAAAAGAAGGAAAUACAACAAAAAAGUUAUUAGAAAAAAUUAAAAAGUGUGUGUGACAAAAAAAAAAUUAAAACCCAAAAAGUGACAGAAGACUUAGGAUCAGUUGCCACUCCUUUGUGGAACAAUAACUUAUUUAUUAUUAUUUUAAAUUAAAUUAUUCAAAAAAAAAUUAUUGAAAAUAUUUUUGGAAAGUGGAAUCUAAAUAAAGUGAAUUAAAAUGGUGGUUACACCAGCAAACGGUGACUUUGCACCAGCUUUUAAGCAAAAGCCUCAGCUGAGACAGGCUGAUGAUGGCAACAAGUUAAUUUUUGAAUGCUCACUUGCCGCAUCGCCACAACCGUCGAUUGAAUGGUGGCGCGGUGAUGAGCAAUUGAAUGAAUCUGAUGGACGUACGUUCUUUAAAAUUGCACCAAGUAGCGAAACAAAUUCGUACAAUGUUUCAUUGACACUUGAUGAUGUUGUUGAAACUGAUGCGGGAUUAUAUCGUAUUGUUGCACGUAAUACAUCAGGAGAGGUUGCAGCAUCAAUCAAUUUGAAUUUUAGCCCGGCUGAUGAACCGAAAGAAAAACAAAUUGAUGGAUUAGCCCCAACCUUUUUAAAGAAACCAGCAAUUCGUCAAGAAGAUGAUGGCAAGCGUCUUUUGUUUGAAUGUUUAAUUAAAGCCGAUCCAUUGCCACAAGUCCGAUGGAGUCAUAAUGGUAGUCCAGUUGAAGACGACGCUAGACACAAGCUGUCAGUUUCGAAGGAUGGCCAACAAUAUUUUGCCUCACUUGAGAUUAAAAAUGUUACCGUUGAGGAUGCCGGUAAAUACAAAGUGACGGCAAAAAAUGAGUUGGGCGAGAGCAAUGCAACGAUUACAUUGAACUUUGACAGCGAUGAAGCAGCUGUACCGGACGAUGGAUGUAAACCAACAUUUACAGAGCGACCAGUAAUAAAGCAACUGGAUGAUGAUAAAUCUGGCGGUCGCAUCUUGUUUGAAUGUCGAUGUGUUGGCGAUCCAAAGCCUGAAUUAGUAUGGUAUCAUGGCAAUGAACUACUUGUUAAUGGUCCAAGAUUUCAUAUGACUAUAGAAGCUGAUCAAAAGCUUUAUUAUAUCGCUAAAUUAGAAAUACGUGGUGUACAACCAACCGAUAAAGGUGAAUAUCGUGCUGUAGCAUCAAAUAAGCAUGGCGAGAGCGUGGCUACGAUUAAUCUUAAUUUCGAUAAUGCUGCUGGAGGAGCUCCAAAAAUCCCAGCUGGCAAACCACCACGUUUCCCAAAGAAGCCAACCAUUCGUCAAGAUGAAGAUGCAAUCUCUGAGGAAAUGCUUUUGAUCAUGGAAUGCAUAUUAGAAGCAAAUCCAGGACCAGAAAUCCGUUGGUUCCGAGGUGACACUGCAAUCGAAGAGUCAACACCACGUUACAAAAUGGAACGAAAAAAGACUGGACGUGAUCAAUACACAUUGACAUUAACAAUUCGCGCACCAACUCAAGAAGAUGGUGGUCAAUAUCGUUGUAAUGCUGUUAAUUCAUUUGGUGAAUCAAACGCAAACAUUGCCCUUAACUUCGCAGGCGAUGCCGACGACCAGAAAAAUGCAGCAGGUUUUGCACCAACAUUCACAAGCAAGCCUAAAAUCACGCCAUUGGCAAACGGCACCAAGAUCGAAAUGUUGUGUCAAUGUCGUUCGAAACCCCAGCCAGAAGUUACAUGGUUCAAGGGUAUUCAUGAGAUUUAUGUAACACCAUCAGCUGAACAUGCUUCCAAGAAGAUCAAGAAGGAUGAAACACUCAGCGAAGUGAUUGAACGUUAUAGCUUCUCUUGCACUGCUGUUGAUGCAACAAGUGAUGAGAAGAAGGAUUUCUAUGAGAUUCGUUUGGUCAUUACAAAUCCACGUAAAUUCGAUAGUGACGUGUUCAAGUGCGUCUUAAAGAAUGAAUUUGGUGAUGCAUGCGCCAAUCUCAAUCUCAACAUUGACGACGAAGAAGAAGAAAUGGCCGAACUUGCUCCAAUAUUUUUGGAGAAACCAAAAAUUGAGGAAGUUAACGAAGUUGUGACAAUGCGUUGUCAUGUCACAACAAAAUGUACGACAGAAAAAUUGCAAGUUGUAUGGACCAAAGACAGUAAUGUCAUUGUUGAGAAGGAGAACUUGAAACUUAAUAUUCAAGAAGUCAAGACAGGUGAAUUUAUCAUUACCCUUGUACUUAAUAAGCCGGGUAUUGACGAUGCUGGUUUGUACAAGUGCAACAUCCGUAACACUUAUGGUGAACUUAAUGCCAAUCUUACAUUGAAUAUUGAUGUUGUUCCCGUCAUCAAGGAACGUCCACGCAUCAAGAAAAUCAUCAAGAAGAAGGAGGUUAUCAUUGAGUGCCGUGUCGCUGUCACAAUUGGCGAAGCUAAUUUACCAAAGUGUGAAUGGACGCACAAUGGAAAGAGAAUUUCAAAAACAUCAACACGCCAUACAUCGUCCGUGACAGAAACAACACAAACUAUCAUCUCGAGUGGAACAAAGGAAUUCAUUUCACAGCUUUUCAUUAAGAAUGUCACCAAGGAGGAUGUUGGUAAAUAUCAAAUGAUUGCCAAGAAUGUCAAGGGAGAGGCUUUCUCACAGGAAGUCAAUUUGACAAGUAUCGAGCAAGAUGAAGAGGAAGAAGAGAUGGCACCACCACAAAAGAAAAAGAAGGAAGAAGAAAAGAAGAAGGAAGAGGAGGAAAAGAAGAAGGAAGAAGAGCGCAAGAUAGAAGAGCAAAAGAAGGAAGAAGAAAAGAAGAAAAAGGAGGAAGAGCACAAGAAGAAAUUAGAAGAAAAGAAAAAGAAGGAAGAAGAGAUCAAAAAGCUCGAAGAGGAAACGAAAAUUGCUGAAGAAAAGAAGGCUGAAGAAGAGCGCAAGAAGGUUGUUGAAGAAAAGAAAAAGGUUGAAGAGAAACAAGUCGAAGAAAAGAAAAAGAUCGAAGAGAAAAAGAAGAUUGAGGAAAAGAAAAUCGAGGAAGAGAAGAAAAUUGUCGAAGAAAAGAAGAAAGCUGAAGAAAAGAAAAAGAUCGAAGAACAGAAAAAGGUUGAAGAAAAGAAAAUCAUCGAGAAGAAGAAGGAAGAAGAAAAGAUAACAAUUGAAAAGAAGAAGGAAGAAGAGAAGAAAGUCAUCGAAAAGAAAAAAGUUGAAGAGGAGAAGAAAGUAGUCGAAGAGAAGAAAAAGGUUGAAGAAAAGAAGAAGGAGGAGGAAAAGAAGGCAUCUGUUAAGCAAAAGAAACCUGAAGAAACCCCUAAACCUGAAGAACCAAAAACACAAAAACCCGAUGAUAAAAAAGAACCUAAAGUAGAUCAAAAAAUUGAACAAACUAAACUCGAAGAAACUAAAAAAGAAUCUAAAGUUGAGGCUAAGCCAGAAACUAAAAUUGGCGCUAAGCCUGAUGAUAAAAAAGAAAUUAAAAUUGAGGCUAAGCCCGAACCUAAAGUUGAGGCUAAGCCCGAACCUAAAGUCGAGGUUAAGCCUGAUGAUAAAAAAGAAAUUGCUAAAGUAGAAUCCAAAUUGGAACCUAAACCCUCAGACAAAAAACCCGCUGACACAAAACAAGAAAAAACUAUUACACCAAAAACACAAGACACUCGCAAAGCUUCUAUUAAAGAAGAGCUUGAAUCGAUUGAUGAAUUAAAACCACUAGAAGAAUCGAAGCCGGAUCAACGUAAAGCAUCUCUUAAAGAUGAGCUUAAGCCUAAUGCUCUUGGUGCUCGUAGGCAGUCUGUUAAGAGUGAUUUGAGUAGAAAAAUGACUGAUGAACCUGAUAACAAAUCAGACAUCAAGCCAAAUGACAGUCCAAAGUCAAAAGUUUCCAAAAAACCUACCUCAGAAAAGACCUCCGACGAAAAGCCAUUGGAUCAAAAGUCUAAAAAAGACAGUUCUGAAGUGGAACCGAAACCAAAAAUGAAGAAAAAAGUUCCAAAGUCAAAAUAUGAGGAACUGCCUGAAAUUCCAGACUAUGAAAGAACUCCGUUGGAAAAAUAUGAGAAGACAGAUUUUGAGCCGAUGAAAAAAACUGAAACUAAGGCACCAGAAGAGCCUGUGGAUGUUGACAAAAAGCCAAAAUCAAAAGUCACGAAACCAAAAGAAAAAGUUGAGGAACUUCCACAAAUUGAUGACUAUGAAAAGCCAGAGCUGGAAAAAUAUGAAAAAACUCCAUUUGAGCCAACUGAGAAGCCUAAAGAUGAAAAGAAGCAAGCUUCAACUAAAAAGGUUCCAGAAGAAGUAAAACCCGAAGAGUCAAAACCAUUAAGACAGUCGAAAAAGAAGGAUGAAGACCAAAAACCACCACCAGAAGAAGAAAAACAAAGAAUUAGGUUCCCAAAGAAGACAAAACAAGAAGAACUUCCGCAAAUACCUGACGAUGAACGGCCAGAACUUGAGAAAUAUGUAGAAUCAGACUUCGAUCCAACAGUCAAAGAGAAACGAAAGAGACAACCAAAAGGAAAGACUGAAGAAUUACCAGAAGUUCCAGAAUAUGAGAAGCCAGAGUUGGAAAAAUAUGAGAGGAACGAGUAUGAGCCUAAAAAGAAGCCAACAGAAGAGGAACCAAAGUCAUGGUCAGGUAAAAUUAAACCAAAAGAUGAAGAAGAGCCAUCAGAAAUCGCACUAAAGCCUUGGAAAAAAGAUGCAGACAAGGUUGAGGAACCAAAACCUAAAGAGACCGAAAAGAAGCGAAGAGCUAGCGAUUUAGCCGAUAAACCAUCACCAAAAGAUGUUGAUAAGAAACGAAGAGGCAGUGACAUACCUGAAAAGUUAUCAGAACCUGAGAAGAAAACAAAGGAACCAACUCUCAAAGAUGAAGAUUUACCUGAUAUGGCUAACCUAAAACUUGGAAGUAAGAAAUCACCACCGAAACCACAAGAACCAGCAGUCAAUCAAGAUACAGAAGCAACAUUCAAAGGACCCAAAAAGCCAGCACCAAAACGAACUACAGAAGAAGAAUCAGUUGCAGCUGAUAUAAAAUCCAAACCACAAGUUAAAGCACCAACAACUGUCGAAGAAGCUGCUUCCAAAAAUAUAACAAUAAAAGAACCACAGGACAUGCCAGUCGAGAUUAUAAUAACUGAAACUGAGGAUGUACAAGCAGACACAAAAAAGAAAACUCGUCGAUUUGAUCCAAUGGCUAAAGUGCCUGAAGAUGAAGAACUACCAUCUCAGGCAAACCCUAAAUCCCAAGAUCCUAAACCCAAAAGUCCCAUUUAUGAUCCUUUCUCCUAUGACUUGAAGGACUUGGACGAUGGCAUUAAAGACAAUGCAGAACCACAGACUGACAGAGAAAAGGCAAUCGUUCAAGAUGCUAAACAGCCAGAACAAGCAACAAUCAGCGAUGCAGAUCCCAACAAAGGCAAAUAUCAACGUGGAUUGAAGCCUGAUGGUCCUGACGACGAAGAAGCUAGAAAGCUUAAAAUGGGCAAGGGUAAAAUUCCCGACAAGAAGGAUGACGGUGAAGCUGUCAAGCUUAAACCAAUCCCAGAUAAACCUGCCGAAAAAAGUGAAUUGAAACCGUCUGAUGCUAAGGACAAACCAAAGCCAAAGGUACCAGAAAUCAAAGCUCCAGCUGAAGGAGGAACUCAAUUGGAAACACCUAAAAUCGAAGUUAUACGUGAGCCAACUCCUGAUCGUAAAAACUCAUUAGCUCCAGGUUCCGGUCCAUCAAGUCGUCGUGGUUCAUUGUUUGAUGAUUCUCGACGUCCAAGUUUAUUGAUCAAUGACGAGAAACUGCGUCCUGGUGAAUUACCCGAUGAUAAGAAGUUGAAAUUGAGACCCGGUGAAGUUUUUGAUCCAAAGAGACGAAGACCAUCGAUUGACAUGCGUCGUCCAAGUGUAUCUGAUCUUGAAGGUUUGAUUGACAAGCCCUCAACCCCACUUCGUCCAGUUGGUGAUGGAGGUCCACCGUCGAUUGUUGAUAUUCAAGAAAGCUACUCGGCUGUUGAAGAUCAAACCGGCUACAUCACAAUCCAAGUUGAAGGCAAUCCAGCACCAACCUUCAAAUUCUACAAAGGUGUUGUUGAAAUUAUUGAAGGUGGUCGCUAUAAAUUCGUCACUGAUGGCGCAGCCAACACUAUUACAUUGUGCAUUCGUAAAAUUAAACCAAAUGAUGAAGGAACUUAUCGUAUUGUUGUGUCUAACAUUCAUGGCGAAGAUUCUGCUGAAAGUCCAUUAUAUGUGUCUGAUUCUAGCGGUAUGGACUUCCGUGCGAUGUUGAAGAAGCGCAAGUAUGCCAAAUGGGGAGGAGACAAUAAUGAUCCCAACUGGGGUGACUUGAAGGAAGUCCAAAAGCCAGAACCACCAGCACUUAAGAAAGUCGAAAGGAAAGCAGACACAUUCUCACGUCCAUUGAUCGAUCAAUUUGCCAAGGAAGGCAAGGACAAGAAGGUUGUGUUUGAGGCACAAUUUACAAAACCCAACUGCAAGCCACGUUGGUACUUCCGUAAGGAUGAAAUCUUCCCAUCAUCAAAAUACAAGAUGGUUAAUGAAGGAGAAGUCUACAAGCUGGUGAUUGCAGCACCAAGAGUUGAAGACUCUGGCAAAUACGUCAUCGAAAUUAACACAAUCCAAUGUCCAGCAACAUUGAGCGUUGAGGAACCAGACCCGACCUACAGCUUCGUUAAGAUGCUUGACAAAAAAUGCAAAGGUUAUUACGGACAUGACUUUGAUCUUGAGUGUGCUGUCAACAGCGGAAAGGCUCAAGUUUAUUGGACCAAGAAUGGCGAGCGUCUUGAUCCAGAUUUAAUUGGAGAUGGCAAGAAAUAUCAAGUCGUUAAGGAAUUAUCAGGUUUUUUGAAACUUACAGUUAACAACUGUCAAAAAGGAGAUGAUGCAACAUUUGCAUGUAACUUAGAGAAGCAGCCUGACAAGACUGAAACUGUCAUUUCACUCUCCGAGUUCCAAUACAAGUUUACAAAGAUCCUCAAGUCAGCACGUCUUGUUGAAAAAGACACACUGACACUUGCUUGCGAAUUGAAUGAUUCUCGUGGUGAUGUCAAGUGGUUCAGAGGUGAGGAAGAGAUUCAAGGCGAUAAGCGCAUUGAAAUUAUUAAGGAUGGACGUAAACGUAAGAUUGUUAUCAAGGAUGCUAAGGUUAGUGAUGCUGGAAGCUAUUCUUGCGUCUCUAAUGCUGAUAAGACAAUUGCUGACAUCACAGUCAAUUAUCAGAAUAAAUUCUUAAAGAAACUUAAGGACACAGAUCUUAUUGAACGUGAUCGUGCAGUCUUGGAAGUUGAAUUACAAGAUCAAACAGCACCAGCUGAUUGGUACUUGAAUGGACAAGAGCUUAAGGAUGGAGAUGAUUUCGAGAUUAAGAAUCUUGGUGGUGGUAAACACCAACUUAUCUUUAAGAAGGUUAAGAUGCCUGAUGCUGGUGAACUUGAAUGUAAAUCAGGUGACUUGAGCUCAAAAUGUAAUCUUACUGUUCUGAAAGGUGAGACUGGACCAAUUGUUGAUGCACCAGAAAAUGUUGAGUCACCAAUUGACAAAGGAGGUCCGUUUGAGUUUGCAAUUCCAUAUCGUAUUGACGGUACCCGUAAGUCACCAGUUCAAGCUAAAAUCAUUGGACCUGAUGGUAAGCCAUUAGGCAAGAGUGACGUUGAAAUUGUUGUCAAGGAUGACAAGGUUCUCAUUAAGAUCAAGAAACCAACACGUGCAAUGUCUGGCCCGUACAAGGUUACAAUUGAAAAUGCUCAAGGAUCAGUUGACAGUCCAAUUAAGCUCAACAUGCUUACACCACCAACAGCUCCACAAAAAUUGGAAUUGAAAGAUCUUUUCGAAUCAAGCUUCGUGCUUAAAUGGGCAGCUCCACUUGAUGAUGGUGGUGCACCACUUAUUGGUUACAAAAUUGAAGUUGAUAAUCAAUCAGAGAAGUCAUCAUGGUAUGCCUACAUACCAAAGGAAGGUGAUGUUGUUAGCAUUGACGAUAAGGCAGUCCGUAAGGUUGUCAGUGAACUUGAACGUUACAUCAAAGCCUCAAUUAAUCGCUACAAGAUUGAAGGAUUCAAGAAGAAUCAAGUUUUGAGAGUUCGUAUCCGUGCUGCAAACAAAGUUGGUGAAUCAGAACCAGCUAAUAUUGCUGAUCGUAUUACAAUGAAGAAUCCAUGGACCGUACCAAAUCCACCACGUGAACCAGAAAUCUUCGAUUGGACAGCAACAACAUUGUCAGUUCAAUGGAAGACACCAGAUUCCGAUGGCGGUUCACCAAUUACUGGAUAUGUUAUUGAGUACAAAGAAAAAAUGGCAUCAACAUGGAAAACAUUCUUCCAACCAGAUGCAAAGAAGCUUAAUACAGUUAUUCCUGAAUUACGUACAGGUGCUUCAUAUGUCGUUCGUAUUAAGGCACGCAACAUUGAGGGUGACUCAGAGCCAUGUGCACAAACACCACCGAAAAUUGCUAAGGAACGUUAUGUUCGUCCAUUCUUCGUUGAUGUUGCAACUAUGCAGAAUGUCACGAUCCGUAAAGGACAAAUGUGUAGAUGGGAUGUUGCAUAUGGCGGUGAGCCAGAACCAACAUCAAAAUGGACAUUCAGUAAAGGAAAAUUGGGUGUUGCACCCGAAGUUGAAGUUAAGGCAGAUGGCGAUCAUGUUACUGUUGAAAUGUACGAUAGAAAUUCAGUCGUAACAGUCAAGAAGGCACAACGUUUAGACUCUGGCAGAUAUUACAUCCGUGUCACCAAUGAAGUUGGAUCAGCUGAACAUUUUGCUGAUUUGCUCGUCCUCGACAAGCCAAGUCCACCCGACGGUGAACCAGAAGCCACAAAGGUUAGAUCUGAUUGUGCAACAAUUGCUUUCCGUCCACCAAAAGAUGAUGGUGGAUGUCCAAUUUUGGGAUAUAUUGUUGAGAAAAUGGACACAGAAACAGGCCGAUGGGUUGGUGCUGGUGAAUGUGGACCAAACAGCAAUGAAAUUGAAAUUAAGGGUCUCGUCAAGGGUAAACGCUAUAAGAUUCGCGUUAAGGCAUACAACAAGGAAGGUGAAUCAGAUCCAGCAGAAAUGUCACAAUCAUUUGUUGCUCAAAAUCCAUACGAUGAACCUAAUGCACCCGGAAAACCCGAUAUCAUUGACUAUGACAAUCAAUCGGUUACAUUAAAAUGGGAACCACCAAAGGAUGAUGGUGGACGUCCUAUUACUCAUUAUGUCAUUGAAAUGUUGAAUAAGUAUCAACCUGAUUGGUGUGAAUUGAUGCCAACUGAGACAAAUGCAUGUGAAUUCAAGGUUCCAGGAUUAAAGGAACGCAUGGCUUAUCAAUUCCGUGUCCGUGCUAUUAAUAAAGCUGGUAAAUCAGCACCAUCACCGCCAACUGACAGCCACGUUGUUCGUCACAAGAAUCUUAAGCCACGUAUUGAACGCGAUCAAAUGAAAAACAUCACAAUCAAGACUGGACGUACAUUACAAUGGUCUGUUGAUAUCGAAGGUGAACCAACACCUGAAAAUACAUGGUCAUGGCGCGAUGGACUUGCUUUACAAGACUCGGGACGCAUCAAGAUUGACAACAGCACACCGAACCAUACAAUCUUUACUAUUACUGAUGCACAGCGUGAGGAUCGUGGAAAAUACACUUUGACUGCUGUCAAUUGCAACGGUAAAGAUGUAUGGAGUGCAGAGUUUGUUGUCUUAGGCGCUCCAAAAGCAGCUCAAAGCUGUGAAUGCACAGAAGCUCUUAAUGGAACUGCCAAAUUGAAGAUCAAGAAACCAAAGGAUGAUGGUGGUGUUCCAAUUACUGGAUAUACCAUCGAAAAAUUAGAUCCAGAAACCGGCAAGUGGGUUCGUGCUGCCUUUGUUCCAGCUAGCAAGACUGGACAUGGCGAUGAUUUCGAGGCUACAAUUCCAAACUUGAAGAAUGGACAGCCAUACAAAUUCAGAGUAAAAGCUGAGAAUGAUGAAGGCGAGAGUGAUUUUACUUACACUGAUGGUGAAAUUACACCGGUUGGCGCUCCCUCAGCUGGCGGUAAACCAGAAAUUGUCGAUUUCGAUGAGAAUUCAGUAGAUCUCGAGUUCGAACCACCAGAAGAAGAUGGUGGUGCACCAAUUGAUGAAUAUGUCAUUGAACAACGUGAUCCAAAGACUGGUCAAUGGGUUCCAGUCAAAACUGUGCCAGCAGAUAAGGAAGAUGAAGCAAAGGCUAAGAAAGAAAAGCGAAAGAAGAAGAAGGUUAAGGCUAAAGUUGAUGGCCUUAAGGAAGGCGAUACAGUUCAAUUCAGAAUUCGUGCUAAGAAUAAGGGUGGACUUGGUGAACCAUCAGAUGCAUCUGAUAUGCACAAAGUUCGUCCAAAGAAGAUGAAGCCAAGAAUUGAUAGAAAUGCAAUGAAACCAAUUACACUCAAGGCUGGAAAGACUACAUCCUUUGAAGUUCCAGUUCGUGGUAUUCCACCACCUGAAUAUAUCUGGUCGAUCGGUGACUAUGUCAUUGAAACAACUGAAUUAUUCUCAGUUGAUAGUAAAACACCAAAUGUCGCUAAAUUGAAUGUUCUUGAUGCUCAACGUAAGCGCAGUGGAAUGUUGAAGUUGAAAGCCACAAAUGAACAUGGAUCAGAUGAAUAUGAAAUUGAAUACACCGUUCUCGGUGCACCAUCUAGACCAAAUGUCAAAAAGAAGGUUGAUUUGGUUCCAGCUGAUACUAAAUUGAAAAAGGGUAAAGGCAAAGGCAAAGAUGAUGACAAGGAGAAUGAAUAUCCAAGUCUUCGUGGAAUUCCUGGACGUGGUGGAGAUGAUGAUGAUGGAGAUGAUGGAUCUGGCAAAGGAAAGGGCAAGAGGAAGAAGCCACGCUCUGAUUUGCCAAUUGGAACUGGAAAUACAUCACCAUUAGCUGCAAAGGUCACCUGGGAAGCUCCAGAAGAUGAUGGCGGUGUUCCAUUACAAAAAUACAUCAUUGAAGCUCGUCCAGAAAAGGGCGGUAAAUGGGAGAAGGUUGCUGAAGCUGAUCCAGAUGACACAGCUGCUCUCAUUAAGAACUUGAAACCAGAUGAAAAGUACAAGUUCCGUGUUCGUGCCGUCAACAAGAAUGAUGAAAUUGGUGAUCCAGCUGAAACUGAUGUCUGCUUAGUUCCACCAAAUGUUAAGCCACCAGAAGAGCCAGGCAAACCAGAAAUUGUUGACUUUGAUGAAAAGAGUGUUAAGCUGAAGUUCAAACCACCACGUAAUGAUGGAGGUGCUCCAGUUACUCACUACAUUGUUGAAGCUAAGGAUAAGAGCAUGCCAUCACUUGGAUGGAAAGAAAUCGCUGUCACAGACAGUCCAAAACCAGAAGCUACUGUUGAUGGAUUGCGUGAAGGUCAAACUCUUCAAUUCCGUGUUCGUGCUGUUAAUGAUGCAGGUCCUGGUGAUGCUGGUGAACCAUCAGAAGCACAUUUGGUUCGUCCAAAGAAUGCAGCACCACAAAUUUUGCGCGAACAUUUCAAGAAAGACGCAAAGAUUGAAUUACAUACAUCAUUCCGUCUUGAUGUUGAAUACAAGGGUGAGCCAGAACCAGAAGUUGAAUUCUUCUUGAAGCCACGUAAGAAGAAGGGUAAGCCAGAGGUUAAAUGUGAAACUGAAUUUGGCAACAAGUUUGAAAUUGGUAAAUGGCAUAAGGAUGAGACCCCAGAUGAUUCUCUUACACACAAAGGUUAUCUUACCAUCGAUCGUAUGGAAAGAAGCUACAGUGGUGAAAUUACAGUCAUUGUUAAGAACGUCAAUGGUCAAGAUGCUGAAGCAAUUUCAAUCAAACUUAUUGGACCACCAAAGAGUCCAAGAGGUCCAUUGGAAGCAUUUGAUAUCACAAAGGAUAGUUGUGUCUUGAAAUUCAAGCCACCAGAGGAUGAUGGUGAUUGUCAACCAACUGCAUAUCAACUCGAAAAGAUGGAUACAAAGACUGGUCUUUGGGUACCAUGUGGAAAGAUUGAUGCACCAAUUGAUGGUGAUGAUGAUACUGAAAUCAAGGUUCCAGUUAAGGGACUUGAAGAAGGACAACGUUAUCAAUUCCGAGUUAAGGCUAUUAAUGAUGAAGGUGCUAGUGAACCAUUGACAACAGACGGUUCAAUCUUAGCUAAGGAUCCAUUCGGUCCACCAUCACCACCCGGAUUCCCAACUGUAGUCGAUUUCGACGGUCCAAUGGCUGAAUUAGAGUUCUCACCACCACACAGAGAUGGAGGUGCACCAAUUCAAUCAUACAUCAUUGAAAAGCGUGCUAAGGGCGAUGAUGGUUGGGAGAAAGCUGGUGAAUGUGCUAAUCAAGGCAUGGGUCCACAAAAAGCUAAGGUUAAGGGAUUAAUUGAGGGUGCUCAAUAUCAAUUCCGUGUUAAGGCUGUAAACAAAGGCGGUGUUAGUGAACCUAGUGAGGAAAGUAACUGGCAUUUAGCAAGAAAGAAGAACCUUCCACCAAAGAUUGAUCGCGAGAACUUGGGUGACAUGACAGUUCGCUCAGGUUUAUCACUUGCCUUUGAUCUCAGAGUCGUUGGUGAACCACAACCAGUCAUCACAUGGUUCUUCAAUGAUAAGCCACUUGAGGAAGUUGAUUCAUCAUCAUUGGCUGAUAAUGCAAAGGUUAAGAUUGAAGAUCCAACACGUUUCAUGGCUCCAUCAGCAUUGAUUGGAACUGGAGCUACAGUUCUAGAAAAUCCAAGUACAUUCGUUGGUAAAUUCUGCUUGUUGAGAUCAUGUCCAUUCUGGCAAGGAAAAUGGAAGGUUAAGGCUGAGAAUAUCAAUGGUGUUGAUGAACAUACAUUCAAUGUUGAUGUUGCUGCACCACCAAAUCCACCACGUGGACCAUUAGAAAUUUCUGAUGUCUGUAAGAAUGGAUGUAAACUUGCAUGGAAGGAACCAAAUCCAGAAAAUGGUGGAGUUCCAGAAGGAUAUCGUGUUGAGAAGAUGGAUUUAGCUUUAGGCGGUGCAUGGAUUCCAUGUGGCGAAUCAACUAAGCCAGAAUGUGAAGUUCAAGGUUUGGCUGAAGGACACGUCUAUAAAUUCCGUGUUGUUGCUGUCAACAAGAAUGGUGAAUCUGAGCCAUUAGAAGCUGAAGAUUUAGUAACAGCUAAGGAUGCAUUUGGAGUUCCAUCUAAACCAGGCGUUCCACAAUGCACUGAUUGGGAUGCUGACUUUGCUGAAUUCGAAUGGGCUGCACCACAAAGUGAUGGAGGUGCACCAAUUGAAUCAUAUGAAGUUGAGUGUCGUCGUGAUGGAGUUCACUGGGAGAAAUUGCCAUUAGUAUUUGCUAAGAACGGCAGAAAAGUACGAGUUCCAGGUAUUAAAGGUGAAGAAGUUGAAGUCAGAGUUUGUGCUAUCAACAAAGCUGGUAAAUCAUUGCCAUCAAAUGCAUCAGAUCGUAUUAAAUUGCGUCCAUCAAAGGUAGCUCCAACAAUCAAGCUCGGAAAUGUUCCACCAAAUCUUAUUGCUCCAACAAAACCAGGCGAGGAAGCAGAAGACAAGCCAUUGGUUCAAAUUGCACAUCCAAAGGAUAAACCUAUUCGAUUCUCAUUGUUGGUCAAUGGUGAACCAGAACCAACUGUUGAAAUCUUCGAUGGAGAUCAAAAAUUGAAUCCAAAAGAAGACGGAAUUGAGUAUGAAUAUGCUGAUGGUGAAUUAGUUCUUAAGCUUGACAAACCAAAACGUAAGAAGCCACGUCGUUUACGCAUUGUUGCUAAGAAUAAGUUUGGAACCAAGGAAGAGAAAGUUAAUAUUGACUUCUUGGGUCCACCAGAUAAGCCUGAAGGUCCAUUGACAUCAACAUUAGAUCAAAAUGUUGGUGAACCUCAUGUUGUUCUUCACUGGAAGCCACCACAAGAUGAUGGUGGAUCACCAAUUGACAGUUAUGUCGUUGAAAAGCAAGAUACAGCAACAGGACGAUGGGUUCAAGCUGGUUUCGUUGAAGCACCAAAACCAGGCGCUGAUGGAAAGACACCAGAAACUCCAUUGGAAUUCCUUGUUCCUGGAUUAGUUGAAGGAAAUCAAUACAACUUCCGUGUUAAGGCACACAAUGUUGAAGGUGAUUCUGAACCAUUAGAAACAGAACAAGCUAUUACAGCACGCUCACCUUGGGGCGUACCAGAUGCACCAGAAAAUGUUAAGGUUGUUGAUUGGGGACGUAACUUUGUUACUCUUGAAUAUAAUCCACCAAAAUCUGAUGGAGGAUGUCCAAUUGAGAAAUACUUGAUUGAAAAGAAGGAAGUUCAUACCUCAAAAUACAUCCGUGGUACUGAAUUGAUUCUCGGAAAACUUAAGGAUGGUGAGGAAGCACCACUUGUAUUCAAGGUUAAAGUACCUGAUUUAACAGAAGGUUGCCGCUAUCAAUUCCAAAUUAAGGCUGUCAAUAAGGCUGGAGCAGGUCCACCAAGUCACGCAACACCACCAGUUGAAUGUAAAGAUCGUUUUGCACCAGCUCGUAUUGAAGAUCGUCAUGGAUCACGUACUAUUGUGCUUCAUGUUGGUCAACCAAUGAAGGUUGAUGUCAAGUUCAGUGGUGAACCAUGUCCAGAUCGUUACUGGCUCUACAACAAGGAACGUUUGGAUCUUGCAGGAACACGUGGUGGUGUACAAAAGACACCAGACUCACUUUUUGCUACACCAGAAGCUAAGCUUGAAUUCACAAGAACUAUUACAUGUGAAAUGGAAGAUUAUCGUGUCCGUAUUAAUGUUGCAUCAGUUACACGUCAGCAUAUGGGCUUGUGGCAAUUCAAGGUUGCUAAUCAAUACGGUUCAGAUGAAUUAGAUGUUAAUGUAACAAUCGUUGGACCACCGGGUCCAGUUCAAGACUUGGGAAUUAAAGACUUAACAGCUGACACUGCCACAAUCAAAUGGAUGCCACCAUUAGAUGAUGGUGGAGUUCCAAUUGAUUAUUAUUGGAUUGAGAAGAAACGUCUUGAUGAAUCCACAAGAUACACAACAUUAGGUCGCACAAAGGACACACACUAUGUUGCACCAGAACUUGAAGAAGAUGUAGCUUACGAAUUCCGUGUUCGUGCCUGCAAUGCUGAGGGAGAAGGUGAAGCAAUCACAAUUUCUCAUCGUCACAAUCCCGAAAUCCAAAAGACACCAGGCAAACCAGGAACACCUGACGCAUAUGAUUGGGAUAAGGAAUGGGCUGAAUUACGUUGGGCACCACCAGUCAAUGAUGGUGGACGUCCUAUUACUGGAUAUCUUAUUGAAAAACGUAAGAAGGAUGGCUUCUCUAAAUGGAUUAAGGCUGGUGAAACUCCACAGAAUGAAUUCCGUGCAACUAAUUUGGAUGAAGGUGAAGAAUACGAAUUCCGUGUUAGUGCUAUUAAUGCUGUUGGUGUUGGUGAAGCUAGUGAUCCAUCAAAGGGAGUUAUUGCUCGUACACGCAAACUUCCACCAAAGAUUGACAGACGCACACUCAAUGACCUUAAGGUUAAGGAAGGCGAAGUCUUCUAUGUUGAUGUUAAGGUUGUUGGUGAACCAGAGCCAACAAUUUCAUGGGAAUUCAAUGAUCGUUCUCUUAUGUCAACAACUCACAUGUCAAUCCGUAAUGAGCCAUACAAGUCAUACCUUAAGAAUACAGAAGCUAUUCGUCGUGAUGCUGGCCGAUAUAAGGUUAUUGCUACCAACAAAUAUGGCUACGAUGAGGCUGAAAUUGAAGUUCAAGUCUUGUCUAAACCCUCAGCACCAGAAGGUCCAUUAGAAAUCAGUGACAUUCAUGCUGAAGGAUGCAAGCUUAAGUGGCGUAAGCCAAAGGAUGACGGUGGUUUGCCAAUUGAUCAUUAUCUUGUCGAGAAAUUCGAUCCAGAAACUGGAAUUUGGUUGUCAUGUGGAACAACUGAUGCACCAGAAAUGGAAGUUGAUAGUUUGACACCAGAACAUGAAUAUAAAUUCCGUGUUAAGGCUGUUAAUGCUGAAGGUGAAUCUGAACCAUUAGAAUCACUUGCACCAAUCUUUGCACGUGAUCCAUACUCACUUCCAACUGCUCCAAGUGCACCAAAACCAAUUGAUUGGUCAAUCAAUCAUGUUGAAUUGGAAUGGGACCCACCAGCACUUGAUGGAGGCACUCCAGUCAUCAAUUAUAUCAUUGAAAAGAAGGAUAAAUACUCACCAAUUUGGGAAAAAUGUGGUGAAAGUGGCGGUCCAAAGAAUAAAGCUAACAUCACUGGUCUCAUUGAAGGCGUUGAAUAUCAAUUCAGAGUAUGUGCUGUCAACAAGAAGGGUUCUGGUGACUUUGGUCCAGCAUCUCGUCCACAUAUUGCACGUCCUCAUCAUGUUGCACCAAAGAUUGAUCGUCGUACAUUCAAGGAUGUCUCAUUACCAGUCGGAACAUUAUUGAAAUUCGAUGUUACAGUCAUUGGUGAACCAACACCAAAGAUUGAAUGGCGCUUCAACAAAGCACGUUUAGAAAGUGGCGGUAACUGUGAAACAAUGCCAACAGAUUACGGUACUAAACUCUUCCGUAGACCAGUUACACGUGUUGAUGCUGGAAGCUACGAAAUUAUUGCAACUAAUCAAUAUGGCAAGGAUGUUGCUAUUGUUGAAGUCAAUGUUGUUGAUGUUCCAGACCCACCAGGCGGUCCAUUAGAAAUCUCUGACAUCACAAGCAGUGGAUGCAAAUUGAAAUGGAAGCGCCCACUUGACGAUGGUGGUUCACCAAUUGAAUAUUAUCAAGUUCAGAAACAAGACGUUAACACAGGCGUUUGGAUUCCAUGUGCCAAGUCAACUGAGCCACAUGCUGAUGUUUCUGGAUUAAUGGAUGGCGGUGAAUAUAAAUUCCGUGUCAUUGCUGUCAAUUCUGAGGGUGAAAGUAAGCCACUCGUAGCCGAUGAAUCAAUUAUUGCCAAGAAUGAGUUUGAUAUUCCAUCAGCACCUGAAAAUGUUCGUGCUUUACGUAUUGAUGCUCAUGAAAUCACAAUCCAAUGGUCACCACCAAGAAUGGAUGGAGGUGCUCCAAUUGAACGAUAUGAAGUUCAAAAGAAGGAUAGAUUUGGUAAUUGGGAUCGUGUUGGUGAAACUGAAGUUACUGGAUUACCACCAUCAGAUCCAACAUUCAAGUGUUCUGGACUUAUUUUGGGAGAACUUUAUGAAUUCCGUGUUCGUGCACAAAACAAGGCUGGAUGGAGUGAAUGGUCUUUGCCAUCACGUAAAUUCGAGACAGCUAAUGCUGAAGCUCCACCAUUUAUUAGCGUUGUUAAGGCACCAACCAAUGGAAACUUUGCACCAGAAAGACCAACUGAUGAAAAGGUCACUUCCAAUGCUCUUGGAGGCGCAGUCAUUAGAAAUACACAUGACAAUUCAUCAAAUGUUAUCAAUGUUGGUGUAUGGCGUAUUCGUGCUGGUGAAAGUGCUGCAUUUGAAUUCUCAGUCAAGGGAACAGAACCAAUUGUAUUAAAAUGGUUGAAGGGAGGCAGACCAGGUGUCAGUCAAAGUGAACAAAUUAAGGCUGUUGCUACAGAAACAACUGCUAAAUUGCUUCUUCGUACAGUAACAAGAUCUGAAAGUGGUGGUUAUGCAUUGACUGCACAAAAUGAUUUCGGUUGUGAUGCAGCUGUUGUUCAUCUUUAUGUCAUGGAUGUACCAGCUGCACCAGGUGGUCCAUUAAAGGCUAAGGCUUUAGGAGAACGUGAAGCUGCAAUUAGUUUCAGACCAUCACCAAUGGAAUCUGAUGCACAAUAUGCAGUUCCAAUUGAUUCAUAUGUCAUUGAAAAAUGUGAUGAAGGUGUUGGACGAUGGGUUCCAUGUAAGGAAGUUCAAUUUGCACCAAUUCCUGGUGAAGAUGUUAAAGUUGAUGGAUUAUUACCAGGACAUAAGUAUAAGUUCCGUGUUCGUGCUGUUAACAAGUAUGGCAAGUCAGAUCCAUUGACAUCAGCAACACCAAUUGAAGCUAAGUCACCAUAUAAUCCACCAGAACGUUGUGGAGCUCCAGAAGUUACUGAUUUCGAUUCAGACUUUGUUGAUCUCGCUUGGGAACGUCCUGCACCAGGAAUUCCUGGCAAAGAUGGUGAAAAAGAACUUGGAGAACCACCAAUUCUUGGAUAUUUGGUUGAAUACAAAGAUCAAGCUGGAGGCGAUUGGGUUACUGGCGCUGAAGUUGAAGGAGAUGUUAACAAGGUUAAACUUGAAAAUCUUCCAGAAGGUGCGAACCUUAUGUUCCGUGUUACAGCAAGAAAUAUCGCUGGAUAUGGACCAGAAUCAUUGCCAUCAAAGGUUCAUCGUAUGCGUGCUAAGAAUGCACCACCUCGUAUUGACCGAUCACAAUUACAUAACAUUCGUGUUAAGGCUGGAACAAAUAUUGACUUUACAGUUCCAUUCAGCGGUGAACCAACACCAAGAAUUGAAUGGUGUCGCAAUGAUGUUCCAUUGUUUGAUAGCAGUAAGUUGAAGAUUACAACUGAUUUCCCAACAACAAGAUUCCGUUUGUUCGACUCUGCUCGUGCAGAUGCUGGAACUUAUACAAUUGUCGCUAAGAAUGAUAACGGCACAGACACAGCAACACUUCGUGUCGAAAUUAUUGAUGUUCCAUCAGCACCAGAAGGUCCAUUGAGAGCUGAAGAUAUCUGUCGUAAUGGAUGUACACUUCGUUGGAAACCACCAAAGGAUGACGGUGGUGCACCAAUCGAGUCAUAUACUGUUGAGAAAAUGGAUAUGGAUAAUAUGCGAUGGGUACCAAUUGGAGAUACAGUUCAACUUAACUUCCGUGUUCCAUCAUUAAUUGAAGGACGUCAAUAUCAAUUCAGAGUUAAGGCUACAAACAAGAUUGGUUCAUCACCAUACUUAGCUACAUCACAACCAAUUACGGCUGAGGAUGAAUUCAAACGUCCAAGUCCACCAGGAGUUCCACAAAUCACAGACUCUGAUGCUACAUGGGUCGAUCUUGAAUGGACUGCACCAAAGAAGGAUGGCGGUUCACCAAUUGAUUAUUAUAAGGUUGAGAAACGUGGACCUAAUGGUAAAUGGGUUGAUGCUGGACGAUUUGAUGCACCAGACACUAAGGGACGUGUCAAGGGACUUACUGAAGGCGAGAAAUAUGAAUUCCGUGUUAUUGCUGUCAAUAAGGGAGGUGAAUCUGAUCCAUCAGAAGCAUCUCAUCAACAUUUGAUGAAAUCUAAAUAUGCAGCACCACAUUUGGAUAGAAAUGCAUUGCCAGACUUGGUUGUUCGUGAAGGCAAGUCAGCCAAAUGGUCAAUCAAUGUCAGUGGAUCACCACAACCAAAGGUUGAAUGGCGUCGUGGAAAUACACUCAUUGAAGAAGGUGCUCCACAUACUCAUCUUAGUUACUUCUCUGGUGAAGCUACAUUUGAAAUUCCAUUCUCGAAACGCACAGACACUGACACAUAUUCAUUGACUGUCAGCAAUGAAGUUGGAAAGAAUACAAUUACUGGUAAAUUGAAGGUUAUUUCAGUUCCUGAUGCACCAGAACCACCAUUUGAUAUCACAAACAUGACACGUGAUGCAUGUUCACUAAGCUGGUUCCCACCAAAGGAUGAUGGUGGAUGUCAAAUUCAAUAUUACAAGGUUGAGAAAAUGGAUGUUUCAAGAGGAACAUGGAAUGAUGCUGGAAUUCGUCCAACAUUGACAUUCGCACAUGUUUCAAACUUGUCAUACCGUCGUAAAUACUUCUUCCGUAUUAUUGCUGUUAAUGAAGUCGGUGACUCUGAACCAUUAUGCACUAAACUUCCAAUGGUUGCACGAGAUCCAUAUGCUGAACCAACACCACCUGGAAAACCAAUGGUUGUUGACUGGGAUGUCGGUAAAGUUGUUCUUCACUUCCAACCAUCUGAAAAAGAAGGCGGCUCACCAAUUGAUCAUUACAUCAUUGAAGCUUUGGAAGCUCCACUCGGCGUUAAUGUUCCAGCUGAUGAUGAUUCACCAAUGUGGCAUCGUGUUGCUGAAGUUCCACGUCGUAACGGAACUGUAAUGAAUGAAAGAUUAGGACAAGUAUAUGAAGGAACAGUCACAGAUCUCAAUCCACAACGUGUCUAUUCAUUCCGUGUUAUUGCUUGCAAUGCAUCUGGAGAAUCAGAUCCAAGUCAAAAGACUGACUUUAUUCAACCAAAACUUCGUCUUCUUGCUCCACGCAUUCUCACUGCCACAUCUCAUUCUUAUACAUUCAAGAAUGGAGUCAUUUUCCAUUUGGAUAUUGACUUUGAGGGUGAACCAGAACCAACUGUUGAGUGGAAGAGAGUCACACGUGAUAAGUGUACAUUAGCUUCAUUGGAUUCAACUGAUUGCUUCGAAACUGCAGCCGUUAUUGAGUCAAAUGAAAGACGCACAGUUACAGCUGUUGGAUGGCAUACAAACUUACAUAUUGUUAACUUGAAACCAGGCGAUGAUGGUGGAUAUUAUGAAGUUAAAGUAUCAAACUCAUGUGGAACUGAUUUACGUCGCUUCCAAUUGGUUGUUUUGGAACCACCAGAAGCACCACAACCACCAUUCAAGUUUGAGAAGGUUACAUCAGGCUCAGUUACUGUUUCAUGGAAUCCACCAGAUUAUGAUGGUGGCUCACCAAUUACUGCUUAUGUUAUUGAGAAACAAGACAUUACUCAUGGCGGUGGAUGGGUACCUGCUGUUCCAUAUAUUUCUCCAACAAAUCUUCAUUCAGUUGUUACAAAGUUGCAAGAUCAAACUGUCUAUCAAUUCCGUGUCUUUGCUGAGAACUUGCAAGGACGUUCACCACCACUUGUCAGUGAGAAGAAGAAGGUCUCAAAUGCUGUACAAGUACCUGGAAGACCACAACCACCAAUUGCAUCAGAUAUUAAUGCUGAUUCAAUUCUUGUUACAUGGUCACCACCAAUUUCUGAUGGAGGUGCAAGAAUUGAAGGUUAUAUUCUUGAAAGACGUGAUCGAUUGUAUGGACGAUUUAUCAAGUGUCAUAGUGACAUGCUUAGAGAUCUCAGAUACAAGGAUAACAAUGUUACUGAAGGUCAUGCUUAUGAAUAUCGUGUAUCAGCUGUUAAUAGUGCUGGUGAAGGUGAAUUCUCAGAUGCAUCUCAACCAUUCUAUGCUAAGAACCAGAAAGAAGGUGCUCAUAUUAUUCAUGACACUACAACUCGUAAACAUGUCAAGAUACGUCAAGGCGAACCACUUCGUUUGCAUGUCAAGUAUGGAGGAACUCCAGCACCAAAGGUUGAAUGGAGCAAGGGAGGCGCUGAAAUUCCACAAGCUAGCAAGACUGGAUUCAAAUUCGAUGGUGAAAAUACUGAAAUGUGGGUCACAAAGACAACAAGACGUGACAGUGGAGAUUAUAAGAUUCAAGUAUCGAAUGAAUUUGGAACAGAUUCAUAUGUCUUUGAUGUUACUGUUCUUGCUCCACCAACAUGGGAAGCAUAUACACGUGAAGAACCAAGGGAACGUUCAUUGGCACGUGAUGGUGAAGAGAAGCCAGUUAAGAUUACAGAACCAUCAAUUGUUGGAUCUAUUUCAUAUAGCGAUCAAACUCGUGAUGGACUUACAUUAACAUGGCCAGAACCACGUGAUGAUGGUGGCAGUCCAGUCACUCAUUAUGAAGUUGAAUAUAAGGAAGUUAAGGCUCAAUUCUGGCAACUUCUUAAUGGUUAUUGCCCAUCCAACAAGUACGUUGUUAAGAACUUGAAGGAAGGAUCUAAAUAUGAAUUCCGUGUUCGUGCUGUAAAUGCUGUUGGUGCUUCAAUCGAUGAAUUGACAGGCAAACCUAUUGUCAUUAAGAGUCCAUAUGAAGUUCCAACAACACCAAUUGAUCCACCAAAGGUUGAAAUUACAUCUGGUGAUGCAGCAAUUGUUACAUGGCCAGCAGCUCGUGAUACAGGCGGUAGAGCAUUGCUUGGAUAUCAUAUUGAACGUCGUGCCAGAGGUGCACCAUGGGAGAAGCUUACAACUUAUCCAACACCAAGCACAACAUUACUUGUUACUGACUUACAACCAGGACUUAAGUAUGAGUUCCGUUAUCGUAUUGUAUCAGAUGCAGGCGAAAGUGAGCCAUCUCCACCAUCUGUUGGAGUUGAACUUGGUGUUGCAUCUCGUCCACCAGGCGAACCAUAUCCACCAAAUAUUGAUCGUAUCACUAAAGAUGGUGUUAAAUUGUCAUGGACAGCACCACUUACAACAACAGCCAAGUCACGUAUUGCACCAGUUGAAGGCUGGCGCGUAGAAAUGAGAAGACGUGAUGGUGAUACUGAAAGUGAAUGGUCAGUCGCUCCAGGAUGUGAAUUUGUUGAAAAUCCAAAUGCUGAAGUUAAGGGACUUGAAGAAGGCGGUGAAUAUCAAUUCCGUAUCAAGGCAGUCAAUUCAUUCGGAGAAUCUAAUCCAUCACGCGGUUCACAAUGGUGCAAGAUCAUUGAACAACAGAAUCGUCCAAUCUUUGGAGCUGAAAAACCACGCGAUAUUGUCGUUCGUGCUGGAGAGAGCUUCUCAAUUGCUAUCCCAUACACAGCUAAUCCAAUUCCGAUUGCAUCAUGGAAUUUCAACGGUGACUUCUUAAUCUCAUCUGAUGAAAAAGCACCAGAACAAAAGUCAACUGAUGGCAAUAUUUUGAGUAACUUAACAUCGGAUAAUGCAAUGUUGGUUGUCAGUAAUGCACAACGUAAUCAUGCUGGAAAUUACCGCUGUCACUUGAAGAAUCCAUCAGGAUUUGAUACAUUGGACAUUAAGGUUACAGUUCUUGAUCGUCCAUCACCACCUGAGAAUCUCCAUGUACCACAAUUCGAAGGAGAUUCAUUGGUUCUUGCUUGGUCAGCUCCAUCAGAUAAUGGUGGAGCACCAAUUGACAAUUACACAGUCGAGAAGCGUAGGGCUAAGGAUUCAAGAUGGGUCAAGGUUAACAGCUAUUGUACAACAACUUCAUGCAAGGUUCGUAAUCUUGAUGUUGGAACUGAAUAUGACUUCCGUGUUCGUGCUGAAAAUACUUAUGGCGCAUCAGAUUGGGCACAAACUGAUACACCAAUUCGUGCUCGUCACUCAUUCAAUGUACCUGAUGCACCAGGCGUUCCACAACGUUCUGAAUUCGAUCGUCCAGUCAAGAGAUUCGAUGAUCUUGAAUCACCAUCAGCAGCUCCAAUUACAAGAUGGGAGACCAUUAUGCUCGAAUGGAAGACACCAAAGAGCAAUGGAGGUUCACCAAUUACUGGAUAUACAGUUGAGCGUAGAUUGGAAGGAACUAAUAUGUGGGAUCGUUGUGCACAAACCGGACCAGAAUGUUUGGCUCGUAUUACUGGAUUGGAAGAAGGACAGAACUAUGAAUUCCGUGUUCAAGCUCGUAAUGCUGCUGGACAUGGUGCCUUCUCACAAGCAUCAAUUCCACUUACCUGCCAACCUCCAUCAACAGCACCAAAACUUGGAGCAAUUCGUUCAAAUCUUCAAUUACAAUUGGGAACAGCACCAAAAGAAUAUAUUGUACCUGCUGGUCAGAAAUUGCGAAUUACAAUUCCAUUAUUGCAAGGUUUCCCAGUUCCUGAUGCUCAAUGGGAUAACAGUGGCAAUGUGAUCACUGAAAGUUCACGUGUUAAGAUUACUUAUGCUCAUAAAGAAUAUCAAUUGGAGAUUCUUGAAACCGAAAGACCUGGUGACACUGGCAAUUAUCGUUUGACUGUUGAGAAUCAAUCAGGAAAGGAUCAAAUCAACUUCAAGGUUGUUAUUGUUGAUCGUCCUGGACCACCCAAAGGAUUUACAACACUCUUACCAAUGGCUGGUGAUACAACAACUUCAAAGACUGCUGUUGAAGGCAAAUAUUUGGGAUGUACUGAUGUUACACCUGAAUCAGUCACACUCCUUUAUGACGUCCCAGAAGAUGAUGGUGGAUCUGAAAUCACAAACUACAUCAUUGAACGUCGUGAAGUUGAUUAUGUUUGGGUCAAGAUCUGCUCAUUCAAUCGUGGUACAACAUAUACAGCAUGUGGAUUACGCGAGAAUCACAAAUAUGAUUUCCGUGUUCGUGCUGAGAAUCAAUAUGGAAUUUCUGAACCAUUAACAACAGCUGGUCCAGUAAGUGCAAGCUAUCAAUUCCGUAUUCCUGAUGCACCAGGCACACCAUCAUGUACUGAAAUUACAACAAGCUCAAUCAAUCUUAUGUGGGCUCGUCCAAGAUCUGACGGAGGUGCUAAGAUUACUGGCUAUAAGGUUGAAUGGCGUUCACCAACAACUGGAGGACAAUGGCUUAUUACACCUUAUCUUGUUAAGGAUACACGUUACACUGUCCAUGGAUUAGUUCCUGGUGAAACAUACGAAUUCCGUGUACGUGCUGCAAAUCUUGCUGGCAUUAGUGAACCAAGUCAACCAUGUCAUCCAGUUAAGACAAAGACAAAGACUGCACCACCAUCUGGACAAUCAGCACCAAAGAUUAUUGCUGUUGGCAAGACAUGGUGUGAUUUGAGAUGGGCAGCACCUGAUGAUGAUGGCGGUUCUCCAAUUACUGGAUAUACUAUUGAGAAGAAGGAAAAGAAUAGCGCAUCAUGGAGAAGAUGUCAUGAUAUUCUUCUUAAACUCAAUGAGUUCCAAGUUACUGGACUUACUGAAUACAGUUCGUAUGAGUUCCGUGUUACAGCACAUAAUGCUCAUGGUGCAUCUCAACCAUCACCACCAACACCAAUGACAAAGAUCUGUGAGAUUUCUGGAGGUGAAAAACCAGAAUUUGUUCGUCGCUUACAAGCACAAGACGUACCAAGAGGUCGUGAAUGUAUUCUUGAAUGUGAGGCUCAUGGUACACCAGAACCUGAUUGUCGUUGGUUAAAGAAUGGCAAGGAUAUUACUGAAAAUCCACGUUACGAUGUCUCAUGGUGUAAUGGUGUCUUUAAACUUACUGUCAGACACUUUGAAUGGGAAGAUGAAGGUGAAUACUGCUGCGAAGCAUUCAAUCCACUUGGAACUGUAUGGACAAUGUGCCACAUUCGUGUCGGUGCUCCACCAAAACUCGGACAUUAUGAACCAACUGUCACAAUUAAUCAAGGAGAUACAUGCAAGCUUAAGGUCUUCUAUAGUGGUGAUCAACCUGUUGAUGUAUCUGUAUUGUUUAAUGGAGUUGAACUUACUGGAGAUUCAGACAUUGAAGAUCGUUGCCGUGUCGCAAUCUUUGACGAAUUCUUCCUCAUCUUCUUGAGAGAAAUUAAGACAACACAAGCUGGUUCUUAUGAAUUCAGAUUGAAGAACUCAAGUGGUGUUGUGUCUGGAAAGACUGAUGUAUACAUCCUUGCUCCACCACCACCACCAAGAGGCCCAGUUGAUGUACAAAAUGUUACAACUAACUCAUGCUUCCUUAGAUGGUCAGCACCUAAAGAAGACUUUGAAUCAUCAUCAACUUGGAUCGUACGAAAGACAACUCACUACAUCAUUGACAGAUGUGAUGUUGAUUCAGGCGUUUGGAUUCAAGCUAAUGCUCACUGCCGUGACACAAGUGUUUGGGUACAGAAUCUUCAACCAGCACGUCAAUAUAAAUUCCGUAUUGCUGCUGCUAAUGAUGCUGGCUCAUCAGACUGGUUGGAUUGUUCAGAAAUUGUACAUACAGUCUCUGGACAACGUGCACCAGGAGCACCAGGACGUCCAUCUCUUGUAGGCUCACCAAUUCAACAUGCUAAGGGCCGUAAAGCAUCAAAGGAUGAUUCAGCUGUUGAAGAUGAUAGUACACAACUUGUUGGAUGUGCUGAAGUUAUCUUACAAUGGUCACAACCAAUGGAUGAUGGCGGAAGUACAAUCUUUGGCUAUCAAAUUGAGAAACGUGAAUCAGACACUGAAACUGAAUUGUGGCAACGUAUUGGACCAUCACAAUCAUCUACCACAACAUCAGGUCGUGAUCAAUUGUGUUAUCCAAUGUAUGCUGGAAGCACAAUCUUCCAUCCACAAUCUAUGAUUGAUAACUUAUUAGAUGGACGUACUUAUGAAUUUAGAAUUCGUGCUGUUGGUGCUGGAGGUGCAGGAGCAUGGUCACCACCAUCUCGUCCAAUUAAGAUUGUUGAUCCAAGUGACGGAACUCCACCAGAAAUCAUUAAAGAAGUCAAUGGCUGUGCAUGCGUUGCUAAUCGUGAUGCUGCAUUCGAAUGUAAGAUUAUCGGAGUUCCAGCUCCAAGAAUUACAUGGUAUAAGGGAGCUCGUGAGAUUACAAGUGGUACACGCUAUCACAUUUACACUGAUGAAUCAACAUCAACACAUCAUUUGAUCAUUAACAGUGUAUAUGGUGAAGAUGCUGAUGAAUAUACUUGCCGUGCUACAAAUAAGGCUGGUGUUAAGAGUACAAAGGGAGCUUUAGUCAUUAAGACACCACCAAAACUUAAUGUUCCACCACGAUUCCGUGAUACAGCCUAUUUCGAUCGGGGUGAAAAUGUUGUCAUUAAGAUUCCAUUCAUUGGCUUCCCACGUCCAAGAAUUACAUGGACACGUGAAGGUGACACAAUUGAAAGCGGUGGUCACUUUAAGGUUGAAGCUGGUGAGCGUCAUGCAUUGUUGAAGAUUCAAAAUGUUGAACAAUUUGAUCAUGGCAAUUAUGUCCUUACUGUUGAGAAUGAACUUGGUUCUGACUCAGCAGCAAUUAAGGUUGAGAUUUGUGAUCGUCCAGAACCACCACGUAAUAUUGAAUUGACAUCUAAGUACAUCAUUUAUGAUCCAUUAAAUGCUGCUGCUUUAAGUGCAAAACUUAAGGGACUUACAAAUGGAGCAGCUGAUGAUGUCAGCACAACUGUAUAUCCACCAGAUGCACCAACUGUUCUCUUGUCUCAAUCAUUUGGAACUGUUGCACUUACAUGGAAGGCACCAGUUACAGAUGGAGCUUCAAACAUUACUGGAUAUAUUGUACAGAAACGUGAAUAUCCAAAUGACACUUGGGUAUUGUGUGGAACAACACGUCUCAAUUCAAUGCUUGUACAGAACUUGACAGCCGGACGUACUUAUUCAUUCAGAGUAUUCUCAGAAAAUAUCUUUGGACGUUCUGAACCAACUGAAAUGAACGAAUGGGUAAAGAUGCCAGAAAAGGAAACAAAGAAACAAGAACCAACAACAAGAUUGAAGUUGGAUUCACAAGGCAAGAAGAUUAGAACAGAUCAAAAGGGACAAGUCACUGAUUAUGAUCAAUACUAUUGGGAUAUCUAUCAGAAGUUCAUGCCAAAGGUUGUCGAUACACAACCAGGAAGUGUCUAUUCAAGAUACGAUAUUCUCGAAGAAAUUGGAAGUGGUGCAUUCGGUGUUGUACAUCGUUGUCGUGAACGUGCUACUGGACACAUUUAUGCUGCCAAAUUCAUCCCAGUCGGAAAUGCAAUGGAGAAGCAACUCUUGAUGAAGGAAAUUGACAUCAUGAAUCAAUUGCAUCAUAACAAAUUGAUCAACUUGCAUGAUGCCUUUGACGAUACAGAAGUUGAGGGUGAAAUCUGCAUGAUUUAUGAGUUCUUAUCAGGAGGUGAAUUAUUCGAUCGUAUCACAGCUGAUGGAUAUAUUAUGUCUGAAUCUGAAGUCAUUAACUAUAUUCGUCAAAUUUGUGACGCUACUAAAUACAUGCACGAGAAGAACAUCAUUCAUCUUGAUAUUAAGCCUGAGAAUAUUAUGUUGACAACAUCCCGCAGCACAGACGUUAAAUUGAUUGACUUUGGACUUGCUACAAAAUUAAAUCCAAAUGAUGAAGUUAAGAUCUCAACUGGAACAGCUGAAUUUGCAGCACCAGAAAUUGUUGAACGUGAUGCUGUUGGUUUCUAUACAGAUAUGUGGUCCGUUGGUGUUCUUGCUUAUGUUCUCCUCAGUGGUCUUUCACCAUUCGCUGGUGAGACUGAUGUUGAGACAUUAAAGAAUGUUAAGGCAUGCGAUUGGGAAUUCGAUGAAGAAGCUUUCCGUAACGUCUCAGAUGAAGCUAAAGACUUCAUUCGUAGAUUGCUUGUUAAGAACAAGGAGAAGCGUAUGACAGCACAUGAAUGUUUGGAUCAUGUAUGGUUGACUGGCGAUUCAAUUGCAAAGACAGAAGCAUUCAAUCGCGAGAAAUUCAAUCAAAGAAUUCAAAGACUUCACGCAAGAUUACGCAAACAAGGCAUUUUCGGAAAAUACUUGGACACAACUACCUACAAAAUCUAUUUGGGAUCAUUGGCUGCACGCUCACGAUUACGUCUUACACGACAAUCACAAUCACUUAGUUUUGAUCGUAGACAGGCAGCACCAAGAUUCGUUAUCCGACCACAAUCACAAUUCUGUUAUGAGGGACAAAGUGUUACAUUUAAAUGUCGCAUUUGUGCUGUUGCAACAGCUACAGUAACAUGGUACACAAACAGUCGCGAACUAAGACAGAGUGUGAAAUACAUGAAGAGAUAUAAUGGCAAUGACUAUGAAUUUACAAUAAACAGAGCAAAAUUGGCAGAUCGUGGUGAAUAUAUAAUUAGAGCUGAGAACUUCUACGGUGCACGUGAAGAGAUCGUCUUCCUUAAUGUACAACCAUCACCAUAUGCUGGACCAAAUGAUCUUUCACAGACAAUGCAACAAGCUAACACACGAUUGGAUGCAUUACGCGAAAAAGUGCGCUCGAAACGAGAAGAGUCACUAAUAAAGGAUACACCACCUGUUGGUCAGUCACCAUUCUUCACAUUCCAAUUGCGUCCACGUGUCAUGCAAACGGGAGAUACCUGCAAACUUCUGUGCUGUGUUGCUAUUAAUGCAAAGAAACCAAACAUCAAAUGGUAUAAGAACACAACGGAACUUAACAAAUACGAAUAUCCACAAUCACAAGCCGAUGGUGUUAUCUUUAUGGAAAUCAUUGGAUGCCGAGUGGGUGAUUCAGGAAAAUAUCGUUGUGUCGCUACCAACGAGUACGGUUCAGAUGAGACUAGUUGUGUUGUUAUUGUAGAAGACCGUAAAUUCGUAGAGAAACAAUCAUUGGUUAAACAGCCGCCAGCACCACUCAAAUCUGCCUAUACAAACACAUCAAGCACCUCAACAUCAUCAACGACACAUCAAUCUAGCAGUAGUAGUAGUAAUCACGUAAGUUCUUCACAUACUUCAAGUUCACACACAAAGACUGCAUCAUCAUUAAGUACAACGACGACAUCAAAUAAGAAGAAAUAUGGCGGUUCACAGGCAAGUCCAAACAGAUCACGAAGUGCAACAAAGGAACUCAUACUUCCACCAAAUGAUUCUGCAUCACAUCCACCAAACUUUACAACUGGCCUUAAAAAUCUCACAAUUGGUGAUGGCGAACGACUUACAUUACAGUGUCAAGUUGCUGGUGAUCCAGAGCCAAAUGUCACAUGGUACAAGGAUGGAAAGAAAUUGGAAUCAAAUGACUUUGUUGACCUUAAAUACAAAUAUGGACUUGCAACACUCAAGAUUGAGGAAGUUUAUCCUGAAGAUGCCGGCGAAUACAGAUGUGUAGCUAAGAAUUAUGUUAAUCAGGCUGAAACACAAUGUACAUUAAAAGUUAAACCAAUGGAAGGAGGUCAUGCCGGAAAGAGAAAACCAAAAUCAGGAGAUGAGGCACUUUCAGACAAACCACCAAAAGUAACAAAACAUUUAACAUCAACUUAUGUAUCGGACGGUGGUGAGUGCGAGCUCAUCUGUGAAAUUGGUGACACAUCGAUCUAUGAUGUCGUAUGGCUUCACAAUAAUAAGGAAAUUAAACCAUCAGCUGACUUCCAAUACAUUAAAGAGAAAAAUACGCUAAAGCUUAAAAUUGCCGAGAUGUUCCCUGAAGACGCUGGCACAUACACAUGCGAGGCAUUUAACAAUGUAGGCGAAUGUUUCAGCACAUGUCAGAUAUUUGUAAUUGGACAACAUGAGAAGCUCGAGUUCUUACACACACCAGGAGCAACAGUGCCUGACAAAGAUCGUCUUUUAGAAGUCAAAAAUCCACUCUUCCUUAAAUUCCCACAAUCACAGUCAGUCGGUGUCGGUGCAAAGGCGAAAUUCGAUUGUCAAUUCUAUGAUGACAUCAGUUCCCUUGAGUGGCUUAAAGAUGGCACUAAAAUAACAGGCGAAGACGAUAAUAUCAAAAUAACAGCAAAGAAUGGCAAAUAUAGUAUGGAAAUUAAAAAGGCUAGUCAAUCGGAUAUCGGACAGUACCAAGUGAAGGGUAUUGGACGUCAAGGAGAAUCAAUAUCAGCAUUCUCACUUAAUGUCCAUUGAUGACAUUUCUGUUAGGACAACGAAGGAAUUUUAUAUUUAUUAUUAUUGUUUUUUUUUUCUUGAUUUUAAGAAUCUUUUUUUUUUCAUUUUUUUUUGUAAUUUAGAAAGAGUUUUAUGGAAAUGCUAUUAUUCAUAUACAUAUACAUACAUACACAACUUAUAUUAUAUUUUUUAAAGAACAAAACAAAAAAAAAAUUACGAAAACAUUUACUAAUUUUAACACUUCGUAGCCAAACACAAAGUGGAACUUUUUGGGUUUUAUUUUAUUCGAGAAUUCGUCCUUGUGGCUUCACACUUAAUAUCAUUUUCGACUUACUGCUGUGGAAAGAAAAUAAGUUCAAAGGCAUUUUGUUGAGGCGAGGAAAAAAGGAAGUCUGUGAUAAACUUAGUGCUAAAUAAAAGAUCUUUAAUCCCCCCCGGAAAAUCGCUCAGUUUUUCACAAAUUUUCACUUUUUCUUGCUCUAAAAUUGUCUUUUUGAAUUUUAUCCCGAGCUGCACAUCAUGAUAUUGGCUGUCAUUUAGCUGCCAUUAAUAUGAUGUGUUGCUCGGGCUUGAUGGGAACUUUUCAAGCCAUAAAACGAUAUUGUCGGUUCUGCGGAAAGAAAAUUGUGGAAUUUUUUUAUAUUACACAACAAAUUAGAGAAGUUUGUUCUCAAAAUGUUACAAGACUUUUCGGCAUCCUCUCAGUUUUCAACAUCAAUAACUCGAUAUGGUCUUGUGACAUUAUGAGAAUUGCUUUUGCUUGUUUUGGUUUGAGAAUUUUAUUGAAAAAUUCCAUUGUUAUUUUUUUCAUAUUUUACUGGAUGUUGGGUAGGGGUGCGCUAAUGGAAUUUUAUAAAGUUCAAGAAUUUUCAAAUUUGCCUCAAAAUCGCACAAAAUAAUUCAAAAACACCCCCAAAAAUUUCUUAAAUCUUCCUCAUCACAUCCACGUCUUUCCCAUCAGCAACUCGAAAAUCAUUAAAUUCAAAUACUAUUCUCUCUCUCUCGUUCACACACUGGCACCACAAGGACAAUUUUCGAAAACAUUUAUAAUAAAUAAAUAAAAAGAAAUCGUAGAGAAAAAAAAUCUUUAACAUUAACUUUUAAAAAUUUGUAAAUUUUCUGUUGUUAAAAACUUAAACUGAGAAUGAUUUUUGUAUGAAUGAACUUUAUAUGAUUUUGUUGAUCCUUUAUCGAAUUUGAUUGUAAGAUAGAGAGAUUCAUACAUGCAUACACACACACAUACAAAUUUAAAAAUAAAAUAAAAUAAAACUUAUUUCGAAUCGUCGAU